GUGAUGUUUUAUGUAACAAAACAUUGAGUAAUGGCAAACAUUUCACAAUUAACAAACAACCACUACAACUGCUAUUAUUAUUGUGAUUAUUAGUAAAUCAACGCAUGCGCAUGUUGGCUCAGGUAAACUACCAUCUGUAUGCUCGCCUCACACACGCAAAAACUGGAAAACACUCGUGUGGGUUGACGAAACGUCAUCAGUUUCAUGCGGAUUCCUAGGCGACAUGCUUUCAAAUGUCUGCAAGGCAGAGUAAAUAGAAACUUAGAAAACUUAUACUUAUGUAGUUCUGGAGUAAUUAAGAUUUCUAUGGGUCUGAAACUUUGGGACGUCUGAUUGAUUUAGUCUGGAGGAAAGUAGGGAAGUUUACCGUCAUUCCUGAAUAAGCGAUAAAGAUCAACGAGAAUCAACGAGGGAGAUUCCCACAACCGUUGAAGAGCAUUGGUCAGAAGGAAUAACAGCCCACAUGAUUGUGUUGAAAAUAACUAUUCUAGGAAAACAGUAACAAAAUCUGUCAUAGACGCAAGUAAGAAACAAAGAUGUGUCCAGUGUUCUGUAAGAGCUCACUUACAGACAUCCUCUGAAAUUGGUCACCACUUCCUUUUUCUCACAAGACCCUACAGAAACAUCCACAAAGAAGAGAAAUACAGAUUCAUGGUCAAAGGGGUUGACUUGAAAUCUAUCAACGACACUUGAAAUCUCAUUGGUAUUAAGAUGCAAACUGACCCUGUGUACGACUAUCCUGACCUUAAGCCCGUGGGGGACAGACGGGCGUGUCCACAGAGAGGAUCACUGAAGAGCAUCAGUGUAUUGGACCGGCUCUUGUUGACACACCCUGUGUGGCUUCAGCUCUCCAUUAACUCGGCUACUGCUUUACACAUCCUGCGUCGUGAGCCCCCUGGGACCUUCCUGGUGAGAAAAUCAAGUACAUUGCAGAAAAAAAUGCUGUGCAUUCGACUGGCUGAUGACAACAUGCCGUCCUUCUUUAAACAGUUUGUGAUCCGAGAAGAGGACUCGGCCUUCUCUUUAGAAAGCUCUGCUAUCAGUUUCCCAGACCUGUGCAGACUCAUUGCAUUCUACUGUGUUAGCCGGGAUGUUCUUCCAUUCACCCUGGAGCUACCCGAGGCCAUAGCUAGGGCUUCCUCACGUAAACAGCUGGAAUCAAUCUCUCACAUGGGUGUGGAGUUCUGGAGUUCACAGUUAAAUGUUCGUGGUCCUCGUAAUGGACCUCCUGUCGCUGACAAACCGUUUCCCCCAACUCCAAGCCCGAACGACUGCGCCACACCCAUUAACGCAAACCCCACCCCAUUCCAGGAGCUUUGUCCAAUCAGAACACGGAGUCCCAUUGAACUGAAUUACGGGGGCGGGAAGGGUUUGUGUUUCAUCAAUCCUCUCUUUCCGCAAGAAUACCCUGGUCGCAGCGCCAUCCACAGGCGUCAUCAUUUCAAAUCCAGCUUGAAGGUUCGCGUUUCAACUGAACAUUCUAGCCCCCUGUUGCCACCUGUUAUCCCCCCUCCUCCGCCACCGUUACUGGCUAAAGCCAAAUGCAAAGCUAGAUUGAAAGCUGCAAAGCAGACCAUCCCACCUGUUACAGAUCAACAGGCCAGUGAAGAAGAUAUCAAGAACACUACGCAGGAGGCCACAGAUUAUGUGAAGCCUUGUGUAGCGUUGCAGAAGACGACCUUCCCUGCCGUCCUGCCCACCCUUUCCCCAACGGCUGAGAACGAUGACUAUCAGAUGCCCAAAACUUUUCAGAAGGCCAAAUUUCAGGAGCAGAAAAGACAAGAGGAAGACGAGGAUGAGGAGGAAGGGCUGGUGCUGGAACAGCAGCAGGCACCGUCUCUUAGCGAGCUGGACAGCAGUAGUUCCCUUAGCAGCCUCGACGAGCCGGAGGAAAGUCCAGAGCGUCCCCUUCUCACACGAGGCACCAGCAAUCCCAUCAUGCCUUGUCAGUCACCUCCCCGCAAGUCCCUCUCCGCCCUGCGCAAGAUGAGCGCCGUCUUCAUAUCUUUCUUCGCCCCGGAGAAGCGAGUGGUGCGGAUGGUGGAGGACCUGUCUCGUGACCGGCGAAUGGCAUUCGGCGCACUCGUGCAAGAUUUUCUGAGGCAGCAGAGGGAGGCGUUAAAACCGCAUGGCUUGACCUCUGCUGUGCAGCUGCUUCAAGAUUUGCGUCUCUUCAUCAAUCAGGCUAAGGCUUUUCUCCAAGAGUGCGGAGAGCUUGAACCGCCCAUAGAGACACUUCUGCCUGAGAAUGAGAAAGACCAAGCGCUGGAGAAAGCCAUGUUCCGUUGCGUGCUGAAGCCCCUGAAGCCUCAGAUCGAUGCGGCACUUCGGACCAUACACAAACAAGAUGGUUCCUUCCAGAGAAUGUCGGAGAGCUUGCAAAGAGCUACAAGAGAAUCGCCACAAAAGCUCUUCGGGGUGCAGGUGGGCGCACCUGACGCCCAGGGCAUUGAGAAAAUUAAGCACAAGCUGACCCUAAUGCAAAGCGCUUACUCACCCAUCGACAAAGUGCUGCUGCUUUUACAGAUCUGCAAACUUAUUUACAAAGCCAUGAAAAGCAAAUCAGGUCAAGAAUUUGGAGCAGAUGACUUUCUGCCCGCUCUCUCCUACGUGAUGGUGCUGUGCAAUUUGCCAGAGGUCUUUCUGGAAGUGGAGUACAUGAUGGAGCUUUUGGAAACCUCUUGGCUUACAGGAGAAGGCGGCUACUAUCUAACAAGUGUCUAUGCUAGUCUGAGUCUGAUCCAAAGUCAGCCAGAAGCCGUGCCACCCAGCGGCCUCACAAACCAGGCCAGAGAGUCUCUAAAGGAAUGGAGUCGACGUAGGAGCAAAGAAAGCACAAAUCCAAAGGACAACAAACUGCACCAGAAGUUUGUAAAGGUGCUGUUUCAGGAUGGAGAGAGCAGCAUGGUUAAAACUCUUAUGUGGAAAACUGGAGUCAACGGUGAGGGCAUGGCUCAGCUCUGCGCUGUCAAGUUUGGGGUGGACCGGCUGGAGGAUUACAGUCUGUUCUGGAGAAGAGAUGGACAGUUAACACCUCUUCCGCUUAAUGCUCAGAUUCAAGACGUACAGAGCAUGGGCGCGAGCGGGGUUCCUCUUAUCUACCAGGCAACCAAUCAGGAUGAAAGGUCCCAGAAAUUAAUGAGAGGAGGUGCGGUGGAUCUCGCAGAAGAAACUUUGUAAUAUGACAUUUUGUGAGAUGUCACAUCUGCAUCUAAGACUUUGUGCCACUAAUUCAUUUUUCAACAGUUUGAGUAAUUUCACACAGAUUCAGUUUUAUUCAACAUUUUAUUAAACCGUUUUAUUAAACACCAUUUUAGCACUUAUGGUAGAACUAAAACUUCAGAAACAUUUAAACUGUUUUUACUUAAUUUAUUUAAUGUGGACUGUAAAUAAGGUUGCAUAUCUUUCUGUCUAUUAUUGGGAAUAUUGGAAAAUGUUCAGUUGCGUGAGUGUUCACUUGGCUUGAAUUAUACGGCAUUUCAUUUUGUUGCAUUAUUAUAUUAUUUAAGUGUUAUUACAUUUUUCGUUAGUUUAGAACAUCAACAUUUAUACUUGGUUAUUAUCGACUAGAUUUAUUAUUCCCAUUCAAGUUUUUAGAAGUGAUUGUAUCUUCUCUGAUGUAAAUACUGUAAAAGAAUAAUUCACCGAUUAUAUAUAUACAGUAUACCUGUAUAUAUAUAU